UCAAAAGAUAUUUUUAAGUCUGCGGAGAGAUGAAACGUGCGAAAUGUCAACUUUGUUACACCAAGUGGAAGAUCACAUUUUCUGAAGGAAUAAGUACGCGUCGCAGUCACGACGAAAUUGUAAAAGGUGGUACUACCUCUUGAUAUACAUCCUUCGAUCCUUACCCGGUUGAGGAUUUGAAUUUUUAUGACGCUAGUUUUCCACAUUCCGGGUAUAUGUGCUUACUACAUAUGUACUUUCGUCCCUACCGAUACAGAACGUAUAGCAUUUAAAAAACGGAGUGGGAGAAUCGUCGAACGCCGGAGGGAAGAGUGAAACGGGUGUAAUGGUGGGGGACAGGAUGAAGUAGUGGCAAACGGCCCUGCGUGAUACACAGCUGAUCGGCCGUUCCGCGGUGAAGGAGCUCUGUUUUUGUUGCGCGUGUGCGUCCGUGGCCUAGUGGUGUGAUAUCGGUUGUCUCAACACACGGGAUGAUAAUAGUGUCCGCACCGUGAACCCCAAGGAAAGAGAGCAAUCCUUCGUCUACAUGCGAUUGUUUACGUGCUCUAUGCAAUUUGACAGAGUACCGCGAUCAAGUGCCACGGGCGGAAGAGUUGACCCAGUCGUGGAAGAACAGCUCGCAUCAUCGACGCAUUGCGGACCGUCGGUCGUGGCGUCGGGUCAGUUGCAUCGCAAAUAUUUCCCUCAGUUUCGAAGGAAAUCGUUAACGCGUGGAAGGUCUAUGACCGGACCACAACGAGGCUCGCUUUAUCUUCUGAGGAGCGACGCGAGCCACCGUCUGAUCAGCAUCAGACUGAAAUUGAUGAAGUCCGAGGCAAUCGGGGAGGAGGACACGACUGCUGAUCCUGCAGUUUGUGAACAUUGAUGAUAUACUGCUGUACCACUUCGUAGAUCGUCAUUGUUACAUGUAUUCUGUGCUGUAAUCCAGUGCGCAUUUCCCCGGGUCUCCGCUUUUUCAUUUCUCUCACUCUCUCUUUCUCCCCCCCCCCAUCCACCCCUUUGUUUUUACUUUUUCUCGGUUCCGUUGAGUUCGAUUCGGGGUUCUCGUUGUGUUUUUCGUGUUAAUUUAGUGCUUGACGAUCGCGUGUUAGAUUUUUCUUCCGAGCAGCAGUAGCAGCAGUAGCAGGCAGCGAUUGGUUUUGCUUUUUCUUUGUACGAAUACACACGCACGCGUAUACAUGCGUUUAAGCGCGCGCGCGUCACUCUGAACGGGAAAGAAAAGGUCGAUGACAAUGCAACGAGUCCAAGAUCAAGACAAUGGGAUCAACAUCAAAUUCGGGGCGAGUAAAGGGAAAAAGGCAGAGUACACACUCGUAUCGCAACACCCUGAGAAAGAGAAGAAGAGCAAUGUCAAUGGGACCAACAAACAAAUUAAACAUACAACUGUGGAAGACCUAGUCCCACCAGAUGGAGGAUGGGGUUGGCUCGUACUUUUAGCAUCUGUCAUGGUCAAUCUCCUGAUCCCAGGAACAGUGAAAUCAUUUGGUGUCCUCUUUGUUGAAUUUUUGGAAGUCUUCGAUGCAUCACCUGCUGCAGCUGCUUGGAUACCAGCAUUAUGCUAUUUUCUCUACAGCUCACUUGGUCCACUCUCCAGUGUGUUAUCUGUGAAAUACUCUUAUCGAACAGUGACACUUAUUGGAGGAACAUUUGCAGCUGCAGGAAUGAUGCUAAGCUACUUUGCUAAUUCUGUGGCCUUUUUAUGUAUUAGUUAUGGAGUCUUCGUGGGAACAGGAGCAGGACUGGCCUUUCCCCCAACUGUGUACAUUGUAACUUCUUAUUUUGUACGGUUACGUGGACUAGCAAAUGGUCUCUGCAUAUCUGGUAGUGCACUAGGUUCGAUAUUCCUUCCACCAAUCCUUGGAGUUCUCUUACGAGAGUAUGGAUACAGAGGUGCAGUAUUAAUAAUGGGUGCUGUCACUUUGAAUGUAUGGGCGAGUGCUCUUUUGUACGAACCAGUGGAAAAGCACAUGGUGCCAUCUUCGUCAUUGAACAAGUCGAGCGACCAUGACUUGGAGGCCGCUACUCUGACCGUAACUAGUCCUGAAGACGAAAAGAAAUCGAAUCUUAUGAUUUCUUUGCCGAAUUCAAACGAGAAGGCUGCGCCGAUAGUACCAAAGAGCGCGUCCAGCGUCGCAUUAGAAUAUUACAAAAACACGCCUGUCCAAGGGAGAACGAGAAAGAUCAGUAUGCCCACAGGACGGGAAAUAACGGGCCAAAUGCACAGCACGCCCGCGUUGCACGCGGUCCCGGAACGUGCCGGCGAACACAACAAGUUAUCAAGACGCAAAUCGCCGUUCCAGUCGCCAAGCACGUCAUCAUUCAAUUAUGUUAGCACACCGUACCACGGAAGCACUCUUUCCGCCUUACACCCAGAAAGGGCAUCCACGCUGACACUCAACGCGAUCUCGAGCACGUUCACAAGAAAGAACGUGGAUGAGAUGAAGAAGGACGAGGAGAAGCAGCAAAAUAAGUUCUUUGAUUUCAGUCUGCUGAAAGACCCCAUCUAUCUCGUCAUCCUGAUCUCCAACUCUACGAACGCGGUUAGUUACACGAACUUCAUUAUAUUACUGCCAGCUUACGCGAUCUCGUUGGGCUUCGACAAGAACAUGUCUUCCCUUCUCCUUUCGAUCGUCUCAAUCUUAGAUUUGAUAGGACGUAUCGGCGGCUCAGCUCUCUCCGAUGUUUCAAUAAUGCCGAAGCAUUGGUACUUUGUUGGAGGACUGCUCAUCUCUGGAAUCUCGUUAGCCAUUCUGCCAAUUGCGACUGAGUACACUAUGCUAUCCGUUUACUGCGGUAUAUUCGGUUUGGCGUCCGGUAUUUAUGUCGGUAUCACCGCGGUCAUAAUGGCUGAUAUGCUAGGAACAGAAAAACUUACCUCCUCAUACGGUAUCUCUUUGUUCGUGAACGGAAUUAUACAGCUAGUCGGUCCACCCAUUUGCGGUCUCAUAUUCGAACAAAUAGGGAGCUAUGGUCCUAUUUUUAGCAUACUGGGAAUCAUUUUAGUGGUAGGCGCUGCCUUGUGGGGUUUCGUACCGUUCAUCAGGAAAAGACAAGAAGCUAUGGAGAAAGUUGCACCGAUUGAGAAGUUAUAGUCCAUUUGAGUGUCGGUAUUGACUAUCUUGUGCAAGCGAAGAGCUUAAUUGUAUAAUUAUCGUAGAUUAGGCGUGUCUCAAUUCAUAGUAAUGACUAUAUAAUUAUGAAACACUGUGAUGUUAGAAUGAAUGUUCUGUAUAUACCACUGGCACUGUGAUGACGUUACACGAUCCACGCGCACAUUUUCAGGUGGAUUAGUAGGGAAACAAUUUUCAAAGGAUAUAUUUUUAAGAAACGCGACGGUUUCUCUUUUUCUUCAAAAUUGAAAGUGUCUUGCCUUAACAAACAUGAAAAAAUUACUCUUUGGAUGUCUGUUCUUGUUGAUUACUAAAAAUGAAAAAGAAGAUAAAGACGUAGAAAGUAAUUUAAGUACUUAGUUCAGAAGCGCACUAGUUGCAGGUGCUAUUGUAAUUUAAACAAAGAAAACAAGCGCAAUAAUAUAAUUUAGUGCACGUAAUAUUUUCUUAGUAUAUAAACAUAAGGAUAAAAAAAAUGUCGACUAUUUGUUUUUACACUUCUCUUGGAAAAAAGAAGGAGAGAUAAAUAUGUAUAUAAUUCCUACUGUUAUAAACACUCUGUCAUUGAAGAUAGUCAAUUUUGUUAUUCAUUCGUUUACAAAUCACCGAAAAAAUAUGCCUUAAAAUUAGGAUGUAAGUACUUUGUAAUUAAUGAAUUACAUUUAUAAUACUAUACAAUAUGUAAAAUAAAUAAUGAUAUGCAACAUGGAUAUCUUAUUGGUGAUGUUCCAUGAGAAUGAGAAAAUUAUUUAUUUCAUUAGGAUUAAUAAAGAGUAAAUUGUGA